CUGUUGAUGGAGAGAGAGACUGGAGAGCCGUGACGUCGGGGAGAAAAUCCACGUGGGGCUGACGGCCAAGAUCGGCUGUCGCGAAGCACCUACAAAAAAAACGCGCCAGGGAUCAUCAUCAGUUUCACAUGUCCUCUUCUCACGUGUAUACUAUGUCAAUGUCAUGUCUGGGACGGCGGCUCCUACACGCCCCAGCCUCUCAUGGCGACUCGGCUCCCUGGCGGUGGUGAGCUCUGUGAGCGCCCUGGCGAGAGGCUUUCUCUAUGGGUUCAACAGCGUGGAGGUCACGGGGCUGAACAACCUCCUGGGCGUGCUCGACCGGCGGAAACUCCCUGGCGGACGGGAGAGGGGGCUAUUGACGGUCUGCAAUCAUGUUGGCGUACUCGAUGAUCCGGUCAUCUGGGGCAUCCUCCCCAUGCGCUAUGCGCUCGACGUCGAGAACAUGCGCUGGAGUCUAGGUGCCCACGACAUAUGCUUCAAGAACGCCGCAGUUUCAAAGUUCUUCAGUCUGGGCCAAGUCCUGCCCACGCAUCGAUACUGGCACUCCUCACACGGCGGGCCCCAUCAGCCCACCAUCAGUCAGGCCCUCAAGCUUCUCACCAGGCCUUCGCCCACAGACGGCCCUGAAUCACCGACAUACUCGACCAACGGUAAAGACUCGUUCCUCGCGCCCGCAGCGUACUCGGCCUACCGCAACGCCUGGGUGCACGUCUUCCCCGAGGCGUGCUGCCACCAGAAUCCAGAGAGCACGUUACGGUACUUCAAAUGGGGCGUCUCACGCCUCAUCCUCGAGUCCGACCCAGCGCCCGAGUUCGUCCCCAUGUUCGUGCACGGCACGCAGCUCAUCAUGCCCGAGGACAGGGGCUGGCCACGCUUCCUGCCCCGAAUCGGCAACAAGAUCCGCUUCAUCAUUGGCGAGCCGACGGACGUGGACAGGCUGUUUGGUGAGCAGAGACGGAGGUGGAGGAAGCUCGUCGCCAAUAGCGACCCGGACACGCUGCGCGACAGCCACGAGGCAUCGCAGCUGAGGAGAGAGGUCGCCAAGGGCGUGCGCGACGAGGUGGGCAAAUUAAGAGAGAAGCUGGGCCUGGCGCCCGAGCAGGACGAGACGGCGGCCCUGGCGGAGACGUGGUCCAAGGAGCCCAACAAGCGUAAAUUCAAGAGCCCUGUGGACGGGAGCCUGACCAACAGGAAUAUGUAACAACAGCAUGAUUUCAAGCGAAGGAAUCGGUAUUAAGAGCUCAGUAGUAUAUCCCCCACAGCUGUAUUCUUCUCGCCAGAGCAAUGUCACAGCACAGGGAACAAUCCAUAUCAUCUCCUAUCCCAAUUGUCCCCUUCGAAAGUAGUGUGCCAUAAUAAAACUCUGCCU